UACCUCAGAAACGAACAUAAUAGGAGGGUCAUUUAAAUAGCAGCUGAAGACAUUCUUAUUUAAGUCACUCUCUUUGCCUUUAAUUUACGUUUUGCUUAAUCAUGAUUGGAUCUUUGCGAAGAACUGUGAAAAUUUUAACUGUGAAAAAGGUUUGCAGCAAAAUGCUGCAAAAGUGCAUUUGGGUUAUGCAACGAUCAAAGCACCCUGCAAACCCAUUUCUGAAUGGCUCAGAAAAAGAGAAGGCAUUCAGUCUUAAAUUUGAUUGAGGUGCUGUGGUAGAACCGCAAACUGGUAAUGCAUACUUCAAAACUAACAAUGAGGAAAGCAAUUCUGCAAAGAAAGUGGACCAAAAUUCCCGCACACCAAUGACAGUUGUUGAAAGUUUAGGAGCCAAUUAUUUUUCACACAAGGUGGUUCAGGUAAUUAUCUUCCUGUGAAAAUGAAAUGAUGAUUUGAAACUUGCUUAUUUUAUCUGCGUAGCUAUUUUUUUUUUUUGGAAUUAAAAUGCGUGUGAUGAUUUAAAACAAAAAACUUGGGAAAAAAGCAAAAACAGCAUCUCUUUCUCACAAUACGAAUAGGAUUCAAUUUAAGUGAAAACUGCUGUUUUAGUAGGCUUUCAUGGGUAGAUACUUUAUUACCAAGGUACAAAUCAUCAGUACACCGGUAAAGUGUACUAUCUACUUAUGAUAAAAAGCCCUGUCAACAGUGUGUUGCCCUGACUUUUCCCAGGUUUUUCACCAUCUGAUUGUUUCAGAAUGUGACCAGUGUCCUAUAACUUUCAAAACGCAAACAUUCCCACAUUAAUGAUGGCUUCUAUACCUGCUAAGUUCUGUGGAUGAGUCAUUACAUUUUGGGGUAAUGUUUUUAAUUACAGAAAUAGGAACCAAUAUCCGUGCCUUUGAAACACAAUAAUAGCUCAUGAUUACUGUGGGUCUAUUGACUUAAAUGUAAUUCCAUAUAUAUACAGCGUAUUAAGCUAUGUUCAUACAGAUAUUCUAAAAUGACUGCAGUACCUUUUGGUUUGACAGGUGAUAAGUAGUUUCUCAAAAGCAAAACUAUAAAUCUUUCUUGCUGAUGGAAAAUGGCACCGAUCUUGUCAUUGUGCUUUUCAGACGCUAGAUGGCUUUCUGUUUGUUGUUGCAUCUGAUGGGAAAAUCAUGUACAUCUCCGAAACAGCAUCUGUCCACCUCGGCUUGUCACAGGUUGAGCUAACAGGAAACAGUAUAUUUGAAUACAUCCACCCAUCAGACUAUGACGAGAUGACAACAGUACUAAGUUUUCAACAGCCACCUUACCAUCACUUCUGCCCAGAAUACGAAGUUGAACGAUCCUUCUUUUUGAGGAUGAAAUGUGUCCUUGCCAAAAGGAAUGCAGGAUUGACAUGUGGGGGUUAUAAGGUGAUCCAUUGCAGUGGCUACCUAAAACUCAAUCUACACAGGACAGAGAUGACACUGUAUGAAUGCUGUUAUCAGAUUGUGGGUUUGGUGGGAGUCGGCCAUUCCCUGCCCCCCAGUGGGAUCACUGAGAUCAAACUUCACAGCAACAUGUUUAUGUUUCGGGCAAACCUGGACUUAAAACUCAUCUUUUUGGACAUGAGCGUUGCUGAGCUGACAGGCUUUGAACCUCAAGAUCUUAUUGAGAAAACCCUCUACCACCAUGUUCACACAUGUGAUGUUCUACACCUACGCUAUGCACACCAUUUAUUACUUAUUAAAGGACAAGUGACAACCAAGUAUUACCGCAUGUUAGUAAAACAUGGAGGCUGGGUGUGGGUGCAAAGCUAUGCAACCAUUGUCCACAACAGCCACUCUUCCAGACCUCACUGCGUGGUUAGUGUGAACUACGUUCUCACAGACACUGAGUGCAAGGAACUACAGUUAUCUGAAGACCAAGUUGCCAAGCUUACUUCACAGUUUGUCUUGAGUCAGGACAACCACAAACAGCUGAGAACUAAAGACGUAAAGCAGAGGGCCAAACUCAGAUCAGCUCCAUACACCUAGAACCUGGGCCGUCAGCAGAUGUAGGUACUUAGAAGAUUAUCUCAGUAGUAGAUAAUCAGCCUGCUCUGUUGUCUGAAGGACAAGUCAAAGGAUCAUUGCAGACUUCUCUACAGCACGUUUGUCUACCCAGACGUAGACAAACGGUUUUUGUCUACGUCACUGACUCUGUUUAUGGAGAAAACAAAUAAUUUAAGGCUUAGAGUCAAACAGAAUAGUGGACUUUGAGAUGGUCUGACCCAAAGCUGCUUUUAUCUCAGUGUGAAGUUUGAUAUCAAAUAAGCAUCCUAUUGCAUCAUUUAUACUCUGCCAGUUUCCAUGGUGCUGGAGAAAAACUGUUCUGUACAGAAGGAAGUGCUCUACAGCCAGCAAUGGAAAGAGAACACAUCGGUUCAUCUGCUAUUAUCAGAAAUGAUCCACCAGGGCAGAUGGUCAUUUUGUAAUUCUUCAGAACAGAACUGUGGAAUGCAUGUUUACAUACAUUUAAUUUCUUGGGUUUCAAGGAAAAUAAAAUGCAGGGUCUACAUAUCUGUCUACGUGUUGAUCCAGAAUAAAUAAAUUGUUUUAGUGGGUAGUGAGAAUAUUUUAGUGUUUAAAGCGGUUCAGCAUGUUACUACAUCAUCUUACUUUAAAUAAAUUACUACUUUAUAAUACACUGCAAGUAAAAGGCAAUAUGAAAAUUCACAGAAUACAAGCAAAGUACAGAAUCUGAAAACAAUUACAUGACAUUUAGUUAAAAGGAGCAAAAUAUGAAUAUAAAACUCUAAAAGCUAAGAUUGUCAUCAUAUAUCUGGCCCGACAUACUGCAGGAUUCUAGUGGUUGGAAAAAGGAAUCAGCUCUGCUAAAAUAGUUGAACAGCUGGUUAGCACCGGGAUCAUGUUCAGGUUUGACUAAGGUUGCAAUACAACAAAGUGCUAGGAGUUAUAGCGCUAAUUACUCAAAAAGUUAUUGAGAGCAAAAAGGCUAAGCUUAUGUAAAUCCAGUGUGAGGAAUAACAAACCACAGGUCAAAGUACACCCUGGUGGACUCGCAAAAUAGUUCCACAAAAGAUGUCGUGUCCCCAUCUUUGGGUCAGUUUUUGACAUUUCAAAAAAAAAAACACCAUGAAUAAAACCUCACAUUUUAUACCUUGCAAACAAGCUACCCGGGUGUGUUGAUCCAAAAAAAUAAAGUUAUCUAAUUAAGUUAAAAGAAUCUUCACCUAUUUUGGAUAAGUGUUGUUUUACCAGGCAACUUACAUAAUACAAUGUUCAUGCUUGUACGUCAACAUAUUGAAAUAGAUCGUUUAUGAUAUUCUCUGGCUGCUGUGUAAUAAAUAUUCACCUAAGUCUUUAAAGGUUUGUGUUCCUUUUGAUGUUCAGUGUUCAAAAUAAAAGCUUUUGAAUAGACUUCAAAAAUAUGUAGCAUACAUGUUUUAUUGAGAUUCAAACACUGUUAAAGACCCAGAAACUAUGAAGAACACAGACAUAUCCGGGCAUGGAGGAAAAAAUAAUAUACAUGAAGGUUUCAUGUUGAUUCUGCCAUGUCACUGCAAUUCUUCAGUGUCUUUAAGUGUAAGAAGGACAAUUUAUGACUGCAACUAAACUCAAAACUGUAAAAAAACAACAACCCCCCCACACCCCCAAAAAAAC